AUGGCGUUCUGGAGGAUAUUAACAGUUGCUUUCGCUACAUCGAUGUUCGCCGAAGCAAAGUCGUACCAUUAUCAGAAGCGUGAAACAUCAGCAAACAUAUGUGACCCUAUAUACAACAAUACAAAUGCCGUACAAUGUUACUGUAUCCAGACUGGAAACUUGAUACGAAGUGCAAGUUGUCACAUGGUUAAAAAAGACGUUCCGACAGAUGACAAAACUUGGGACAAUUUCGAAAUUUUAAAAGAAAUCACUAAACUCACUAUCUCCAACACCAGAGGCAUCGCAAUUCCCUACAUACCCACGAAUGCUCUAAAACAUACGAAUAAGUUAUUGAAAGUGGACGUAAAGUAUGGGAAUAUUGAAAGAAUCGAUGCUUUCGCUUUUGCCAAUUUGAGUCUAAUUGAAGAAAUUAUGUUAAGUGAUAAUCAAAUAAAAAUACUGAAAAAACAUGCUUUUGCCCAUCAUAGAGACUUAACCGUUCUUGGGUUGGAUUCCAACAACAUAAUCGAGAUAAAUAGAGAUGUAUUUAUUGAAUUACCAUCACUAGAAACACUAUAUCUCACAAACAACAAAAUAACUACAAUACAUGAUAAAGCGUUUGUACAUUUAAUCAACUUAAAAGAACUCGAAAUAGAUCGAAACGGUCUUUUUAGUUUGAAUAGCGAGACGUUUUCAGGGCUAAGAAAUUUGCAAAAAUUAGAUCUCAGUAGUAACAACCUUGAAGUGAUCGGAGACAAUACAUUUUUGCCUCUGGUCAACCUUAGAACAUUGAAUUUGGAAGAGAAUAAAAUUCAAAUGCUGGACGAGAAAGCGUUCAACGGUUUGGCACAGCUAAAUAUUUUGAACUUGGCACAUAAUAAGCUCACAACUAUUGAAAAUGUCAAAACAUUUGAAGGUCUGGAAUCGCUAACAAUGUUAAAUUUAAAAAGCAAUUUGCUUAAUGAACUGAAGCCUCAAGUAAUGUCACCAAUAUUGAAAAACUUCUACGGCAAUACCAGUAGCUUGGAUGUGGAAGAAAACAACUUCCCUUGCGACUGCCGUUUAGAUUGGUUCAUAUCACUGAUGAAUAAGACGCAGAACAUUCAUUUCAAACGCGCUAUUGAGAACCUUAAAUGUAAUCCAGACAACAAUUUAAGGGAACUGUGGGCCAAAACUGAAGAACUUGAAAAGAAUACGGGUCAAGUCCUUGCUGAAGAAGAGGAAUCUCAAGUACAAAAUACGGACUACGAAUACUAUGACGAGACACAACUCAAUGGAAAACUAUUCUACAUAGAUGUAAGGGAUUUGGCAAACUGCACUAACACUAGUCGUCGAGUACUAAACGCGGCAGUUGUUGGAAAGAAACCAGCAACAAUUGUGGACGCAGAUGCCAAGUUAUCUACCAAAGCAAAAGCUAGUCCAGUAACUACACCGAUGUCCACAACAGAAUACGAAAUGUCAUCAUCUGUAACGACACCUGAAGACACUGAAGAUGUAGUUGAAACUAAGAAAUCCAAAGAAGAUGGAAUAUUGAAACCAAAUAAAGAAAACGAAACGAAGAAUAAAGAAUCAUUUACAACUGUUCGUCUUGUUACUGUUUCUGCUAAACCCCUUGAGCAUAAUUAUGAUCAUGACAUGGCUUCGGACGAAGCACGACCAGAGAAAGUUAAGGAGCACACUCGCAAGAGCAUUCAAGACGAUAUACAAUCCUCGCGUAAGAGGGCCGACAGUAGUGCAAGCAGUAAUGUGAAUAGUGUGGCUUUAGUAACAAUGAUAUUAUGCUUUAGACUGUACUUUUAUUAA